UUGAGAAGAAUCCUUCAGCUGUGGCCCUGCGCUUCUGCCGUCACUGAGGUAAAUGGCCCAUUUCUCACCCUGUCACCCAGGAAAUGGGCCCGGUGAUCACCUCGUUAUCUGGUUAACUGGAGCAGUGAUCACUUGUCACCCGGAUAACUCAAACCCGAGUAACUGGUCCAGUAGUCAACCCCGGACUAGCGUCGUUCCCUGACUAAACACUGCCCCCUGCCGCUCCUGCAGUAAAUGCCGCCUGUUGUCAAAACCGGAGCCGCCAAAGUUUUUAGCAAGAUCCACCUAAACUUUCAACUCCUCCAGUCAGUUGUCGGGACCACCGGUUCCGUGCGAGCUGCCUCGGCACGGAGCCUCCGCAUGAAACGCCUUUCGGUAAAUUGUUGAGCAUUUCCAGCCGACCUGACUCUGCGUGCACAGGAGGGCGGGAUUUGCCGGGGUGUGCAGGACCUGAUUGCGCCGCCUCAUUAAUCCAGUGGGUGUGGGAUAGAAGGGAGAACCCCCCCCCCCCACGCCCAGCCUUCCGCGUCCGACUCCUCGCUGCCAGCAAUCCAUCAACGAGACGUCAAUGACAUUCCUCCGGGGAAGCGACGAACGCGCGCUGCCCUGACCGAGAAAGAGUGAAGGCAUCAGGGGCACAACAUCGGUUGAGUCUUUCUCAUCGCAGCGGUACCCCCCACCCACCCCGCCCCCCAGCACCCUCUCAAUGAACAAACCUCCAUCCGGCACCGAACCUCUCGGAUAUUUGCAGCACCGGCGCUGAUCCGUUGUGAAGCGGCGGCAGCGAAGUUUGCCACCGGUGUGGGUGCGCGGUGAAGGGAAUUCAGCAUCACCCGUUAAAGUGUGCAGGGAAUGGCCGGGAGCGGGCACGUCAGCUCUUUCAGGGAUCUGCAAAGGUGGAAAGGCUUCCAACUAACUUUCUUCCUGGUGUCUUUAAUGCCUCUGGUGUGCACUUCAUGGGGGACCGCAUUUCACUACAAGUUCCCAGCUGCUCUGCAAAGCAAUAAGGAUCACCAGCACGGAGUUGUGAGCAAUGGGUUUCUCAGUCGAAGGAACUGGUGUCCUUACACACUGACGAAGACGGUGUCCUGCCAAGUACAGAAUGGGACCUACGUGCAGAGGGUUUAUCAGGGUUGCAGAUGGCCGUUGGGGUGUCCCGGUGGGAUAAGUUACAGGGCCGUGAUUCGCCCGACGUACAGACUGACCUACAAAACGGUGACGGUCAUCGAGUGGAAGUGCUGCGCUGGAUUCCGAGGGAGCAGCUGUGACGAAGAAACUGGAAACUUCCUGGAAGCCUUGGAUGGCGGUCGUCAGAUAUCUCACAUUCGCCGACUACAAGCAAAAUCAGGAGACCUUUCAAAUUGUUUGAACUGCAGUAAAAUUUCCCAGCUGACAGAUCGUUUGAGUACACUGGAGGCAAAGGUUGCUUUACUGGCAGCCGCAGAGCCAGUGAGCCCUCUGUUCACAAGUCACGGGCACCUCACAGUUAAAGGAGCCCCCGAAGAUGCUUUUAAGCUGCGAGGAGCUCCAGCAGCUCGAGGGGUACCUGGAACUAGGGGGCCAAAAGGUCCAAGGGGUGAACCAGGUAUUCGUGGUCCAUCUGGGGUUCCAGGAGCACAAGGGCCUGUCGGGCCACCAGGUUCGCCAGGGCGUCAAGGUCCAACUGGUUCAGCAGGAAUUCCAGGUGCCAGAGGUCUACCAGGACCCCCAGGUCCUCCGGGACCCCCAGGGCCCGCAGGACCAUCACGUGCUGACAUUCCUUAUCUAGGAUCAACUGACCUCGGAUACACAUCGACCAACAAUGGUGAUUCCGUCUUGUCAAAUACCUUCACAGACACAGUUGUAACUGGUGUUCGAGGACCCCCAGGACCACCAGGACCGAUGGGACCUAUGGGUUCACCUGGACCACAAGGACCCAUGGGACCACCUGGGCCUCCUGGAAAAGAUGGAGCGCCUGGACGAGCGGGUUUACCAGGGCUAGAAGGACCUAAAGGUGAAAAAGGAGACCGAGGCCCUUCUGGAUAUCCUGGAGAAAGGGGUUACAGAGGAGAAACAGGGGAGCCAGGAACAAAAGGAGAACCCGGAGAUAAAGGACCACCGGGGGAAGGUAUACACCAAAUCCGGGAAGCUUUGAAGAUUUUAGCAGAGAGGGUAUUAAUCUUGGAGACUAUGAUUGGUAUUCAUGAACCUGAUCAUGGGUCUGGGGUAGAUCCUUACGCUACCAUACCUCCAAAUUUCUUCAGAGGCAAGCGAGGCAGCUUUGCCGCCUACAAGAUUAUCUCGCACAGGCUUGCACACAAAACUGAAGAAAAGUGAUGAAGGACAAAUGUAAAUGUCAGCCAGUGUAAGCAAUGUGGUGCCCCCCCCGCAACAUCAGGUGGUAAACUGGGUAAGCAGAUUACCAAGCCGCUGGAACUGUUAUGUUUGUCCUGUGUGUAAUACAGCAACGGACUAACUUGAUUUGCCCCGUUAACUGUGGCGUUUUCCUCUAUGCGUACUGAAAACGAUUUAAAUUCUAGGCUGCUUUCCUAAUGGGAAUCUCAGAGAUAUGGUAUAGAUUAUCACACAUUGGUUCACCACGGUUGGCUGUUCUGUGUGUUUUUCUUAAUGAACACAACCUCUGGUGAAUAUUACAUACAGCAGCCUUUGAUGUUUCCUCUCCUUUGAAAAUGUUUACUUUGCCUUUUACUUUGUAUCACAAGUAGAUUAAUGAUUCCAAAUUUCUGUAUAAUCAUACUAUUGCCAUCAUCUGACAUUAUGUACUUCAAUCAUAGUUUAAUUACAUGAAAAAGAUUGUUAUUUUUUAAUGAGACACUGUCCCUUGGCCACCUUCCAUCUUGUUUCACAAGAUUGUUUAAUGUCAUUUCCUGUACACAAGUGUAAAGAGCAUGAAGUAAUUGUUACUCCAAUGCAGCACAAAAAAAACAAAGGAUUAAGAACACAAUAAUAAUAAUUUUUAAAAGCUUAAUAAAUAUGAAUACUACAUAAGAUAGCUUCUAUGCAUUCAUCCAUAAAGUGACACUAGGUAAUAUGUAAAGUGACUGACUGGAAAUAAUAAAGUAGUGAUGGAGUUCGUGGGUGGAGGUGUUGUUCAGCCUUAUUGCUUGGGGAGAGUAACUGUCUUUGUGUCUGGUGGUCCUGGUAUGGAUGGGAGCGGGACAAACAGUCUGUAAGUAAGCGGAGUAUCUCUAAAAAUGCAUAACUGCUGAUUGAAGGUAGAAUUAUUCACUCUUGCUGAUAUUCAGAUUGAGAUAGAUUGGCCCACUGACCUCUGCCUACUCAGGGUAUUCACACUUCUGUCUUUGAAAAUGGAUUUGCCAGCAGUGAUUAGGAUGUAAACUAUUUUAGAACAAGAACAGGGAUUCACAUUACUUGUCCUCUCUUUGAGGUGUUUCCAUAAGAGCAAAGCACACAAAUUUGACACUUCGCCGAUAGUGUAAGAUUUGGUUUCAGGGUUCACCUCCUCCCAGUCCUUCACCCCUUCAUUAUUUAUGAGUGAAAAUUACAAUCACGGUGCACUUAAAUAAUUUUUUUACAACUGGAAUGAAUGUUUUGGAGAUACUUAAAAAAUGGGACAUGUUUCUUAGGUUAUAUUAAAACUGUUGUUUUUAUCCUGUUACAUUAAGAAACUAAGGGAUAGGAAAGGAUAUUUUUAAAGAGCUGUUGCAUUUGUUUUCCCGUGACCAAAAUAAAUUCAAUUUAGAAAUUUUAUGCACAACACUAAAACUAUGGAUGCCUCAUCGACACAUUAAAGACUGUCUUUUCCUAUCCUAUCUGAACAUUAGAUUUCUGCAAUUUUUAUCUUAUUAGUUGUGUAUUUCGAGUUCUAACAGUCAAAUAUUAAAAUAGCCAAUCAACAAAACAUAUGGAUAACUUUUACAUCCAUUCAAUACACACCAGGGAAAUGGGGAUUACAUCAAAAUAAAAAGGACAUCUCACCAUAUAGGCAUGAAGACAUACUACAAGUAGUUAUUUCCAGAUAUCUCUGAAUUUGUACUUGAAGGUAGCAUUUCAAUUAUGGUCAUUUAAAUGUGUCUUACUGGUGCUAAGUGUGCAGUGUUUAAUUUUGUAAUUAAAGCAACUUGCGACUCUGAUUUGGUUUGUAUUUGUUUAUCUGCGGAAUUUUGUAUCUUGACUAUGUGCUUUUAAUGCAGGUUGCUUGCGAAAGUAUUCACUUACUCACUAUAUGUACAAUGUGCAUCUUGUGGUGCCACUGUGUUUUCAUAAUGCAGUUUUUAAGGCGUACAGUACUUACUUCCAUGUACAGAACAAUGUUUUAUACCACCUAUGACAUGUGUGUCAAAAAUAUUCAUUAAAAGGUAAAUUAAUUCUU